AUGGUUCUUCAAGAUCUGGGGCGGCGAAUUAACUCCGCCGUCAAUGACCUGACAAGGUCCAACAACCUCGAUGAGAAGGCUUUCGAUGAUAUGCUGAAGGAAAUCUGCGCCGCUCUCCUCUCCGCCGAUGUGAACGUCCGUCUCGUGGGCACCCUGCGCAAAUCGAUCAAAGCCAGCGUGAACUUCGCCUCCAUCCCAACAGCAGUGAACAAGAAGCGACUGAUUCAAAAGACGGUCUUCGAUGAGCUUGUGAAAUUGGUCGACCCCCAUGCCGACUCUUUCCGUCCCAAGAAGGGCCGCUCCAAUGUCAUCAUGUUUGUCGGUUUGCAGGGUGCUGGUAAGACGACGACGUGUACGAAACUGGCCCGUCACUACCAGACACGAGGAUUCAAGACAGCUCUGGUUUGCGCGGAUACCUUCCGUGCUGGUGCUUUUGACCAGCUGAAGCAGAACGCCACCAAGGCCAAGAUCCCAUACUACGGUAGUUUGACACAAACGGAUCCUGCCGUCGUGGCCGCUGAGGGUGUGGCCAAGUUCAAGAAGGAGCGCUUUGAUAUCAUCAUUGUUGAUACCAGUGGUCGUCACAGACAGGAGGAAGAGCUGUUUUCGGAAAUGACUCAGAUUCAGGACGCUGUCACGCCAGACCAGACCAUCCUUGUCUUGGACGGUACAAUCGGUCAGGCCGCUGAGGCUCAAUCUUCGGCUUUCAAGGCCACCGCGAACUUCGGUGCUAUCAUCAUUACCAAGACCGAUGGCCAUGCCGCUGGUGGUGGUGCCAUCUCUGCUGUCGCUGCUACGCACACCCCCAUUAUCUUCCUGGGUACCGGUGAGCACAUGAUGGACCUCGAGCGUUUCGAGCCCCGCGCAUUCGUCCAGAAGCUGUUGGGUAUGGGUGAUGUCGCCGGACUGGUUGAGCACGUGCAGGCCAUGACCAAAGAUUCUGCCGGUGCUAAGGAAACAUACAAGCACAUCGCGGAAGGUAUUUACACGCUGCGCGAUUUCCGUGAGAACAUUACAUCGAUCAUGAAGAUGGGCCCUCUUUCCAAAUUGUCUGGCAUGAUUCCCGGUCUGUCGAACAUGACCCAGGGUCUGGACGAUGAGGAUGGUUCCCUGAAGCUGCGCCGCAUGAUCUACAUUUUCGACAGCAUGACCGCAGCCGAGCUGGACGGCGAUGGAAAGAACUUUGUCGAGCAGCCUAGCCGUAUGGUUCGCAUCGCCCACGGCAGUGGAACCACUGUUCGCGAAGUCGAGGAUGUGCUUUCCCAGCACCGCAUGAUGGCCGGUAUGGCCAAGCGUGUCGGCGGCCAGAAGAAGCAGAUGCAGCAGGCCCAGAAGAUGAUGAAGGGCGGAAACAAGGACCAGCAGAUGGCUGCUAUGCAGAAGCGCAUGCAGUCCAUGGGUGGUGCCGGUGGCGGCGGAAUGCCCGGUAUGCCUGAUAUGGCCAAGAUGAUGCAGAUGAUGGGAGGUGGAGGUGGCGGUAUGCCUAACCUUGGCGGCAUGGAUAUGCAAAGCCUAAUGAGCCAGAUGGGCGGGAUGAUGGGCGGAAUGGGUGGCGGUGGUGGUGGACGUGGAAGAGGAGGACGUUAA